GUGUGUGUUCGCGGGUCGUAACGAAAGACCAGUUUAACUUGAAACCUCUUGCUAAUUUUCUGAUUCGUUUGGAAUUAUUGAUUGAUUUAAAUCUUAGCGAAACACAACUAGCUUGUAGUGGAUUCAAUUUAAAAGAUAUACCUUUGCGUUUCUUUUUAAAAAACUUGUUUUCACAGAAAGAAAAAACACUAGCAGUCCACACCACCAUGUCCCUUCUGUCAUCGGUUCAGCAACGAAUCAAGUCGUCCAAAGACGAACUAUCCAGACUCAAUGAUAGUAUUCAGUACCUUAGAGAAAUCUCACAGUCUUUGACUUUGCAUCCAAAAGUGGUCCUUGAAGAGCCAGAGUUAACAGAUCAUACAGUUGCAGAUACCUCAACUGAAGAAAAGAACGAUAUAGAACUGCUUGAGCGAGCCCUGGAAAAAGCCCUUCAGGUUCGCCAAGGUUCCGAGCCUGCUAAAAAGGACUUAAAACUAUGUGCAACUCAAAAGAAAGCAGACUCAUCCAUGAAUGUAUUGCACUCAUCUAAACGACCCAAAGGAAGUCAAACAGCCAUCAAAUCAACCUCUAAAUGUGUCAGCAUUGACAGAAAUAUACGCAAAAAGUCUGGUUUAUCAGUUUGCACCACAUUGAGCUCAAGAACUACAGCAGGCAAACCUGUAAAAUCGAAAAACCAUAAUAGAAACACAAUUCAAAACCAUUCUUCUAUAUCAGCUCAGGCUGUUCAUCACCAACCAUCUAGGAAAUUGCAGCAGGCUGUCUCGGCAUCUGCCUCUCUUGAUCAGAUCACAACCUCACUCCCUAAAAACACAACAGUCAGAAGCAACAUGCUGAGUGACGAUGACCCAAGCAGAGCUGCAUCUGUCUCCAUGCCGUCUUCAAAUAACGUAGUGCCUUCUUCAGACACAGAUGGGUCUGGGGCGAGCAAUUGGCUGCAGCAGAAUGAGUUACUGUCUGAACAAACAUCAAAAUGGAAAUCUUUAAGGCACAAGAAAAACAGGUUGCUGGAAAAAAUUAUUGCCCUGCAAAGGAAACCUAUUCCUGGGAGGAGUCACUUCAUGGAGAGAAUGAGAGCUACGUUUCCUGAGGAUUGGCCAUGUGGCAGUCCUGAUCAGACCCGGGUUCAGCUUGGCAGUCUGAUUGAAAAAGGGCUUGACCUCGUGUGGCGCUGCCAGGAAGAAGAGAUUCUGGAAAUGGCUACAAAGUUAGGUAGCAAGCAGAACAAUUCCAGGGAUUCCUGUGUGACCCUUGAACGGUCGGAGCUGACUCCAGUGGAGUUCCAUAUCCUUGCAGAUCAGGUGAAACAAGAGUGGAAAGCAUGGGAUCGAUGGAGCCCCGAGGGAGGUUGUCUUUGCCCCUCCAGGGCAAGCGGUGCGUGGGGAGACGGGAAAACUUCACCCCUGCCCCUGAUAGUAACCUAUAGAGAAGAGGCUGAACUCCAGGAGCUGGAGAGGCUGCGAAUGAGCGUGCAGCUGCUGCAACAAGAGAUUUACCUGGAACAGGUUCUGUGGGACGCCCUGUCCCCACACAUUUCAUCCUUAGAACCCGGACCUGCAUGUCCCAAUCCCACCAUGCUGAGAGACAUGUACUCCCUGCUGGGCGAGGGGGGGCAACAUUUUCCCGCAAUAGUUCUUGACUCUGAGCCUGAGUGACUACUGAGCAUCUUAGAAAGAGAGAUACACAUUUAUCAGCUUAGCAGCAGGUAUUCAGACAUCCUGUGAUACAACGAGAGAUCCAAACCCCUUUGACAUGGCCAAUUAAACAAGAACACCAUUAGGAACAAAAACAUUCCUUCAUCUUAAUGUGUCCCUGGAAAAAAAGUCUGGAAGAGCAACUGGCUUCUUUUUCUAGUCUUCCUUGAUCAGUGACUUUAAUAUGAAGCAUCAUGUCUUUUCUCAGAAAUGUUGAAAAUGUGAAAUGUUUUUUGGAUGAAUGCGAAUCUAAUAAAGUAUAAACCCAAUUGCACCAG